AGUCUUAGAAAAACUCUCAAGACAGAAUAUACAAAUUUUGCAAAAAUUCUGUUUAGUCCACGUUUCGGAAGUUUAAAAUUUUAUAUAUAACCUACAGAACAGGAAUAAAAAAUAAAAAAAUUAAGUAAACCCGUAAAAUUGGUGAAACAAAUUUAAAAUCUACAAAAAAGUUAGAAAUUAAUAAUAGUGCUUUCAUGUGACUAAAUUUCAAUAAAUCGUUUCAUCACUUCAAAAGCGAACCUAAAAAGCACGAAAAAAAACGACCAAAAAACGAUGAAAUAAAUGUAAAAUUGUAUCUAAAAAAUAAAAAGAAAAUAUUUUGUAAGCACAAUCGAAAUAAUCAAGGAACCAGAGAAUAAGCCUGCAGGAAUAACCAUGGACUGCUGCCUAUCGGACCAGGCUUGUGAGGAAAGGCGUAUCAGCAGGGAAAUUGAUAAGUUCCUGAAAGCGGAAAAGAAGAAAGCUCGACGUGAACUUAAGCUAUUGGUCCUGGGCACAGGUGAAUCGGGCAAGACCACAUUCAUCAAACAAAUGCGCAUCAUUCACGGCAAAGGAUUUUUGGACAAGGAGAGGAAGCAGUUCACCAAAAAUGUUUUCCAAAACAUAUUCAUGGCCAUACAGUCGAUGAUCAGUGCAAUGGAUACUCUGCGAAUUCCCUACGGUCAGCAGGAGCAUAGUAAACUUGCCGAUCUGGUGAAGAGCAUCGAUUACAAGACAGUUACCAGACUGGAGGCGCCCUACUUGAAUGCCAUCAAAACUCUUUGGAAAGAUGCUGGCAUCAAGGAGUGCUACAAUCGUCGUAGGGAAUAUCAGCUGACUGAUUCAACUGAAUACUUUUUGAAUGACAUAGCGCGAAUUGAACGGAGUGAUUACCAGGCCACUGAUCAGGACAUUCUUCAUGUUCGAGCGCCAACAACCAAUAUUGUUGAGUAUCCCUUCAAUUUGGACGGUUUUCUGAUAAGAUUGGUGGACGUCGCUGGUCAGCGAACGGAGAGAAGAAAGUGGAUUCAUUGUUUUUCCAAUGUGACAUCAAUUAUGUUUUUGGUUGCCAUGUCCGAGUUUGAUCUAUCCUUGGCUGAAUCGGAGAAUGAUAAUCGUAUGAAGGAAUCUAAAGCUUUAUUUCACAAUAUAAUAUCGUUUUCAUGGUUUCAACACUCGUCCGUUAUUCUGUUUCUAAACAAGGAGGAUUUAUUUAAAAAGAAAAUAUUGUCAACGCAUUUGGCAGACUAUUUUCCUGAAUAUAAUGGUCCAAAGAAGGAUGCUAAGGCGGCCCGAGAAUUCAUAUUGUACAUGUUUACUAGCGUGAAUCCUGAUCCUUACAAGUGCAUCUAUCCUCAUUUCACCGUUGCUACAAAUACUGAAAAUAUUAAGUUCGUGUUCACUGCUGUCAAGGACACAAUUCUGGAAUUGCAUUUAAGUGAAACUAAUUUGCUGUGACCUCGAUUUCUACAAAAUGUCUAUUUAAAUCAUAUUGAUGAGUAACAACCUUUGUGUAUCAUAUUUUAAAAAUAGGGAAAUAAAUGUAUGUAAAACAG